AUGAUGAUACGCCCUCUCAGCGGUAAGCAAGCCCCAAGGCCCGGCUUCCCAAGUGAGAUCCGGGAGAUCAUUAACCGACUUUUGGAUAUCGAGGACUUUCUGCGAACCCACCUCCCGAACAUUGCAGCUGUCACGUCAGACAUUCAUGCCUCGGUGGCUCGAGUAGCUGCUAGCAAUGGCGGUGCGGUCGACACGACCUCCCCGUUGAGCCACAACUCUCUCCCUGCAUCAUCGCUCCAGGCAUCUCGUAUUCUUGCCGGCGACAUCAGCACAGCCCUGGGGAUCCCGUCCUGGGGACCUGAAGCAAGCUUAUAUGCCCAGCUUGGCGGCCUUGAUGGCGGCGCACCGGUUGAGAACUUACCACCGCUGACUAUACCCGUCGGCCAUAAGACAUCGUCCAAUUAUCUCCUCUGCCUGCCAGCCAUGAAGCAGCUCAUCGGAGAGUACCCGAGUGAUUUGUUUUUCAUCCUUGAAUCUCGCAACCCUCUGCCUGCUGAGCUCGCUUCACAGUCAACUCCCGUGCCCCUGUCUCGUGAACAGCUCGAUAAGGACUUGCUGGAUUAUCUUGUUGCCGCUUUCUUUGCAGACGCAUACCGCUGCCACCCAAUCCUCGAUGCAGAAGAAUUUAGGGCCAUAUACAUGCGGUUUCUCGAGGAUCACAGACGGAGCGUCGUUGGCAUUGAGGCUGCUCUUUGCUAUGUCAUAUUCGCUCUCGGCGCGGCCGGCGUAGCUCCUCCUGGCUCACAGGACUUUCAUAUCAGCCCGCCUGGUAUGGAGUACAUGCAGCAAGCAUUGCCCACACUCAUAUCCAUGUCAUCAUGGUCAUUCUCGUAUAGCAACCUGCUCCCGCAAGCUUUGGUACUCGCUAGUGUCUACUUCGCAUACAUCACGCGGCCGUUACAGAGCUGGCGGCUCAUCUACUCUGCGUCGACCCUCCUGCAGUUCAAACUAUCCCGCUUAUCUACCCACGAUAGCGAGCCGUCAUCGAGAGAAAGUAUCCUUCGUAUUUUCUGGUCGUGCUUCAUCGUAGAGUGCGACCGCCUUGCCGAAUUGGAACUGCCUCAAAGCGGCCUGCAACAGCUGAUAGAUCAGACCAGUCUACCCAGUUUCGCAGAUAUUGAUGCGAUGCAAUCUACUAGCUACCUCGCCGAGAUGUCGAUCCGGAGACUGUUGAACCGAGUCCACAACUCGCUCUACCCACGGCAGCAGAGUGUCCUUGCUCUUUCUUCUACCACCCUAACCGCGGUUGACGAGUUCUCGGCCAAGGAGAUUGCCUCUGUAACUACCAUUUGCGACGAGCUUCAUCGGCAGCUUGAUUCGUGGUACGAGUCUAUUCCAGAGCCACACCGACCGUCCCUUGGUACCGAGCCAACGGGAAACGACCGCCUGACCGUUUUACGCAUUCGCUACUUCGCAGCAAGACAUAUCAUAUUUCGCCCAUUCGUACUCUACGUGACGAUGCACAACCUACAACAAGUGUCCGACGAUAUUUUGGAGAAGGCGAGGCUAUGUCUUGACAGCUGCAGGGCUUACCUUCAAAAUACCAGUGAGAUCCUACGAAAGCAGAGCCAGUACACCUGGACAUUUUCCCUAUCGCAAGUCACCCAUGUCGCCACUAUGCUGACCUACGUACCGCUGACAUUCUCGAUUUACAGGUCCUUGGGUGCUCUUGUAGUCCUUACACUGGCGUCACGUAAUCUCGCACUGACGCGUCUUGUUAGUGACAUUGACGAGCUGCAGUCGCUGGCCAUUAACAACGUUACGCCUUGGGCUUACCCGGGCUCAAGUCUCGACACGGUUCUCUCCAUAAUGCAAGAAAUGCAAAGGAAACAGAGGAUACUGGGGUGCUUAUGA